GCCUUCGCGUUUCCUGUCCGGGCGGAGGAGGUUUGGCCCCGCGGCGCCGCCGUCUCCCAGCUGCGCUGAGCAUCAUGGCGGCGUCUCUCUCAAUGUCAGCGGCGCUGAGGGGUCUCGUCGCCAGGAGCGGUGCGGCUGCGGUCCGCCCGCCGCCGCCCAGGUCACUGAGCACUUCCACAUGGCGGCUGGCGCAGGACCAAACUCGAGACACGCAACUCAUCACAGUUGAUGAAAAAUUGGAUAUCACUACUCUAACUGGUGUUCCAGAUGAGCACAUCAAAACCAGAAAAGUUCACAUUUUUGUUCCAGCACGUAAUGCAAUGCAGUCAGGAGCUAACAAUACAAAGAAAUGGAAGAUGGAAUUUGAUAACAGGGAGCGCUGGGAGAACCCUUUGAUGGGCUGGGCAUCUACAGCUGAUCCUUUAUCCAACAUGGUUCUUACUUUCUCUACUAAAGAAGAUGCCAUUGCUUUUGCUGAAAAAAAUGGCUGGAGUUACGAUGUUGAAGAGAAGAAGAUGCCAAAACCUAAAUUCAAGUCUUAUGGUGCAAAUUUUUCUUGGAACAAAAGAACAAGAGUGUCUACAAAAUAGGUUGGCAUUGGCCAUGUGACUGUGAAUAAAGUCAGCUGUGCUGUAUUUAUAGUCCAUGUAUAAUACAUCUCUUAAUCUCCUAAUAAAUUUGCCCUUUAAACUACA